AUGAUCGCACUGCUUAAUUUCUUCUUCAUCACCUCAACACUGGAGGAUGAAUCUGAAGAAGACAGACAGAAGAAAACCUACGACGUCUUUUACAAGCAUGGUGACCUUUUGGAGGUAUCCAGGACUCUUUUUAAACAUUUUGGAAUUUACUUAGGUGAGGGUCGCGUUGCUCAUUUUCUCCCAGACAUCCUACCAGUGUGCACUAAAGAAAAGUCCAUCGUUGAGCAGGUGGUGACCAACGAAAGACUGAUUUUGGGAGUUUUGGCCAAAGCAGCUAGUGUCCGUGUGGACUCUUUGGCGGAUUUUGCAUUUGGUGAUCAGAUUCAGGUCAAUAAAACAGACAGUAUGGUCAGUGUACGGCCACUGAAUUGAGAGAAAGUGGCACAACGGGCGGAGAAGCUGAUUGGAUCAUUCUUCUACAGCUUACUGUAGCACAACAGUGAACAUUAUGUUAUGUACUGCCGCUGUGGUGUUGCAUUUAGCUUUCAAACCUUUCAGUUCUGCAAAGCUGUAAGGACAACUCUCUUAAGCAAAAAGGUGGCCUUCCUGUCAGUUAUAAUCGGGGUCUUCAUCAUGUUGUAUCUAGGCGCUGUGACACCUCUCACCACCCUCCCCAUUGUCAUCAUUCCCUUUACCAUCUGGAUGGCAUCUUGAAGACACUCCGGGUGGAAUUUGUCCUUUAAAGUUGGUCCAGAAACAGCCAAAAGCAUCAAAGCAUUUACUCUGUCAACAACUAUCGACAGACUGUCUUUCACUAC